AUGGCCGCCGUUCAAUGUGGACUAAAAUCAUUCUCCAACAUAACAAGGCCAUAUAAUCGGCUUUUUUCCAGUUUAAAGCCAUUAACACAUAGCUUUAAAGAUAAAUUCAAGCCCUUAGAUUGUUCGAAUGUCAAUAAAUAUAGAUUUACGUACAUUGGAAGCUGCUUAUGCCGUUGUAGACUGAAGUUUACUCUAACGCAAGCGGAUGAUGUAAACACGAGGUUUGACAAAACAUCAAUAAGCGUACUUCCGAGAACGUUUUUCAAAAGCGUUAAGAGGAACAAUUCGAGAACAGACUCAAGCCCAUCAAGUGCUGGGUCUUCGGGAGAUGAUGGAAACGAUGAAGAUGGGAGGAAUGGGGACGAUGAUGAUGUCAUCAUCGAGGACAAAGUUGAGAGUACCAAUGUGAACCCGGAGUAUGGUGCCCUUGCACCCGUGAUGGUACCAGAGGUGUAUCCAAGAGUACCAUUGCUAUGUGUUCAUCGUAAUCCUGUUUUUCCAAGAUUUGUCAAAAUGCUGGAGAUCUCGGACAAGACUAUAAUGGACUUGAUUCGAAGAAAGUGCAAAAUGAAUCAACCGUAUGUUGGAACCUUUCUUAAGAAAGAUGAUAAUGAUGAAACUGAGUUUGUACAAAGUUUGGAUGAGAUUUACAAGAUUGGCACGUUUGUUCAAAUUACAGAACUCCACGAUACUGGAGACAAAAUAAGGAUGAUCAUUUUGGGACAUAGGCGCAUUGUUAUAACUGACAUUGUAUCCGAAGAAGACGACGUCUCAGACGUUACCGAAGCGAAGAAUGAAAAUGGUACCAUUGAGGGGAACAACCAACCAAUAAGUGAUCCUUCCACUGCGAAAUCAAAAAGUGACGAACGCCAAAUCAUUCAAAUGGUUGAAGUCGAGAACCUACUUCACGCACCUUUCAAACUGACCCAAGAAAUCAAAGCAGUUGCGGCCGAAGUCGUUAAAACAAUACGCGAUAUUAUUGCCUUGAAUCAGCUGUACAAAGAAUCGCUGGCGCAGCUUAUUGAAGCUGGAAAGAAAGUUGUUGAUAAUCCAACUCAUCUUGCAGAUUUUGGUGCCGCCUUAACGAGUGCCGAUUCAAACUUGCUGCAAGAAAUUCUAGAAGAAACCGAAGUACCAGUUAGAUUAAGGAAAACGUUGGAAUUAUUGAAAAAGGAAUACGCCAUGUGUGUUUUGCAGCAGAAGAUCGGAAAAGAGGUUGAAGACAGAGUAAACAAGAUGCAAAGGAAAUAUCUCUUGAUGGAGCAGUUGAAAGUGAUCAAGAGGGAGUUGGGCCUAGAGAAGGAUGACAAAGAUGCAGUUGCCGAGAAAUUCAGAGAACGAUUAAAGGAUCGAGAGAUACCCGAAAACGUGAGAGAGGUCAUCGACGAAGAACUCAAUAAACUUGGAUUCCUCGAGGCCAACGCAUCAGAAUUCAACGUAUCACGCAACUAUCUUGACUGGUUGACCAGCUUACCUUGGGGGAUUAUGAGCGAAGAAAAUUUCGAUUUGACGAGAGCGAAGGAGAUUUUAAACGAGGAUCACUACGGACUUACGGACAUCAAAGAAAGAAUCUUGGAAUUCAUAGCUGUUAGUCAACUAAACGGUUCGGUGCAAGGCAAGAUACUUUGUUUUACCGGUCCGCCAGGUGUUGGAAAGACGAGCGUGGCCAAAUCAAUCGCCCGAGCUCUUCAACGUGAGUAUUAUCGGUUCAGCGUUGGUGGUAUGACAGAUGUUGCUGAAAUUAAAGGGCACAGACGGACAUAUAUUGGUGCGAUGCCGGGGAAAAUAAUACAAUGCUUGAAGAAAGUAAAGUCCGAAAAUCCUCUGAUACUUAUUGAUGAGAUUGAUAAAAUAGGUCGAGGUGUGCAGGGUGAUCCGGCCUCGGCACUCUUGGAGUUAUUGGAUCCCGAACAGAAUUCCGGAUUCUUAGAUCAUUAUCUUGAUGUGCCCGUUGACCUUUCAAAGGUUUUGUUUAUAUGCACGGCCAACGUUCUGGAGACAAUCCCCGGUCCUCUUCGUGAUAGAAUGGAGUUAAUCCCGGUAUCUGGUUAUGUCGAGGAUGAAAAAAAGUCAAUCGCGCAGAAAUACUUGAUUCCUAUGGCUCGUGAAAUUUCGGGAUUGAAAGAUAGGAACAUUGAAAUAACGGACGAUGCUCUGUCCACUUUGAUAAAGUCAUAUUGCCGAGAGAGUGGCGUUAGAAACUUGCAGAAACAUAUAGAGAAGAUCUAUCGCAAAGGAGCUUUCAAGAUAGUUCACGAGAAAAUGUCGGAGGUUUUGGUAGACACUGAAGACUUACAUGGCUAUGUCGGUAACCCCUUAUUCAAUACUGAACGCAUCUAUGAUAUAACACCACCAGGAGUUGUCAUGGGUUUGGCGUGGACGGCUAUGGGUGGUUCAACACUUUACAUUGAAACUUCUUUGACGGAGGCGAUGAAUAAGUCGGACGAAGACAAGAAUUCUCCAUCACUAGAUCUUACUGGGCAACUAGGUGAUGUCAUGAAAGAAAGUGCGAAAAUUUCUUACACAUUUAGCAAGGGUUUUCUGGCAAAACAUUACCCCGGGAACAGGUUUUUCCAAAUGGCUUCGAUUCACCUCCACGUCCCGGAGGGGGCAACUCCAAAAGAUGGACCGUCUGCUGGCUGUACCAUCAUCACAGCGUUGCUCUCUCUUGCCAUGGAUAGGCCAGUACGACAAAAUAUCGCCAUGACUGGUGAAGUGUCUCUAACAGGAAAGGUUCUUCCCGUUGGUGGAAUCAAGGAAAAAACUAUUGCGGCGAGACGUUCCAACGUCGAAUGCAUUAUGUUACCGGAAGGUAACAGGAAGGAUUUCGAAGAGCUUCAAGAUUUCAUCAAGAAUGGACUCGAGGUGCAUUUUGUCAAUGACUACAGGGACGUAUUUCAAAUCGCUUUUCCUUAAAAUGCACGAGAAAUUUCACCCGAGCUCGUAAUCUUACUUAGUUAGUUAGGUUUGUGAUAAUCUGGCUAAGUUCAUGUUGGAUGAAAUAGAACGGGGUGGUUAAUGGGAUAGUUGGUGGUAAUCAUGUGAACUUCGGAUGAAAUACAACGGGAAGUAUUGAUGGUAA